AUGGCGGACGCAGAGCUAGAAGAGAUCAGACGAGCUCGCCUCGCGCAACUCCAACAGCAACAAGGAGCACGUGGCGGCCCCGCUGGUCAGGAUGGUGGCGAUCAGGCACAGCAGAGACAACAAGCUGAGGCCGAACGCCGCGCCUCAAUCAUGACCCAGAUCCUCGACCCCGCGGCCGCCGAUCGCCUGGGCCGCAUUCGCCUUGUUAAGGAAUCGCGCGCGACAGACAUCGAGAACCGUCUUAUCAUGCUCGCUCAGUCGGGUCAGCUACGACAGAAGGUGACAGAGGAGCAGCUCAAGGAGCUGUUGGGUGCUGUUGCGGAGAACCAGCGCAAAGAGGAGGAAGAGCAGAAGAUUGUCAUUUCUCGUCGCAAGGGCGGCUGGGAUGACGACGAUGAUCUGCUGGACCUGUGA